AUGACUCGGAUUUUAGUUCAGCGAGGCUCUGCUGGUUCAGCAUCAUCAUCACAGCCAUCAUCAUCGUCACAACCAUCAUCAUCAUUGUUGUCAUCAUCUUCUUCUUCCUCUUCUUCUGGCACUGCACAAGUUGUUCCAGCUGUAAAAGAUGAGAAUUUGGUAGCACAAGUUCAAGAACAAACUAUGGUGGGUGAGUUUAUAGAGAAAUGUGAUGUAUCUGUGAACAGAGGCGAGGAUUUUUUUUCGGGAACUUCAAAUGUUGAUCAGAGUGGAAGUAAAAUAUCCGAGAAUGAGAAGAAGGCAUGUGAUGAUGAUGUCACAAGUCCCAGAAAUUCCAGAAAAAGGUGUGGGGGAUUGGCAACUGUGAAAGAAGAAAAUAAUGUCGUGGGCUCUGGAAGUUCUUUCUAUACGGUCACUGGCAGUACAUAUCCACCACCUCCGCCUGUGCCCCCUCCUAAACCAGUGAGUACAAAUUCUAGAAGAUAUGCACCUUCCGAGUCGAGCGCUGUGAGAAUAGAGUCUUCCAGGAGAACUUCGGGCUGGCCUGGUGUGUCCAGCCAGUCAUCACCGACUGGAUCUCGUGCAUCUUCACCUAGGUCCCAUUGUGAAGGUGAAGGAUAUAACAGUGCUGAUGAGCAGGGUCCAUGCUUUAGUUCAUCCUUUGGUGAUUCAGAAAGGGAGCAUCAGUUUGUGAUUGAUUUGAGGCGACUUAAAGGCUUGGAAGUGAGAAACAUGCUCGAGGAUGGGAACUGCCUUUUUCGUGCUGUUGCAGAUCAAGUAUAUGGGGACUCUGAACUAUAUGAUUUGGCUAGGCAGAUGUGUAUAGACUAUAUGGAGAGAGAAAGAGAUCACUUUUCACAGUUCAUAACGGAAGGAUUUACUUCCUAUUGUAAGAGGAAGAGAAGGGAUAAGGUUUAUGGAAAUAAUAUGGAAAUCCAGGCUCUAUCAGAGAUGUACAAUCGGCCCAUUCAUAUAUAUUCUUACAGUACAGAACCUAUCAACAUAUUCCAUGGAAGUUAUAAUACUGACACGCCCCCAAUACGACUCAGCUACCACCACGGAAAUCACUACAAUUCCCUUGUGGAUCCACGUAGGAUGACCGUUGGAGCUGGACUUGGUUUUAGCUCUCUUCAGGGGAGGAACGUUGAUAAAGAUCAGGUCAAAGCAGUUAUUAAAGCUCAACAAGAUCAGCAGAUUGACAAUGCGCUUAUAGCUGAGGGACGAUUUCACUCUGAUCUUGAGCUGACUGAGAAGGAAAUCGAGCGCAUGGUAAUGGAAGCUUCUAGAGCCGAGUACCUGGCGGACGACAAAUUCAAGCAACAUAUAGGUCACAGGGAGUCGUCGACUUCUCGAGCGGAACCGUCAUCAUCUGCAGGCAGAUCGUCGGGAAGUGUUGCCAGGCUGGAAGGCAGGCGUGAGUCGAGCCCGCCAGGUUCAGUCUUGAACAGCAGCAUGGAGAUAAUGCUGUCCAUGGGAUUUAGCUAUAUGCAGGUGAUUGAGGCUUAUAGCAUUUUUGGGGACAACGUCGAUUCCAUGGUGUGUUACCUAUUAGAAACGAGUGGUAAUGGCAGGCGUAAAGGCAAGGUCACCGAAUAA